CAGGUAUCAUUUGCAUUCUGUAUCAUCUCUGAACCAGCUGACCACUGAAGAUGCUCAGCAAGUCGAUCCUAGAAGAAUUCUACACAGUCGUGCACAGUUUGCAAUUGCUCCACUUCCCUCAGCGAUGAUAUUUCUUUGGCACUCUUGCCAUGAUUGACUGAGCUGGUGUCAUGUGAUGAGGCGGCUGGUGUCCGUCAGGAACCGCGUGCCGCACUUCGGCUCGGAAUCGCUUCGAUGGCCUCGCAGAGCAGUGACAGCGACCGCCGCCCCGAGCCCGAUGCACCAGGAGCCAGCGACACUCAUGGAACCUCGAGGCGCUGUUGCUGAGAGCCUGGGUGCCGCUGACCUCAUCAAGGUUCCAGAGAUGAGCUCCAGCCGACUGCGGAAGAUUUCCCAGGCAGCCGCAGCGGAAGGGGCAUCUUUGGAUCUUUGGAACGCUGUGGCCAAGCGCUGCGAGGAGACUGCCGACAGCUUGAACUACUGGGAUGCUGUUCACAUCCUCCAGUCUUUCACAGAAGCGAGUGUGGCCAACGAGUCCCUUCUCCUAUGCCUCGCUGAAGCUUUGAGUGCCAAGACCUCCAAGAUGGCGACGAAGCAUGUCCUGGACCUUUUGGCCGUCUAUGAGGCAGCAGAUCUGCGCCCGCGUGCCUUGUACGUAGAGCUGCUCCACAGCAUCGUCCGGCUCUCGAGGUCGAUGUACGCAGAGGAGGUGGCCUUAACACUUCAAGCACUGGCACGCUAUAAUAUUGGCAAUCCAACGGUGAUUGCUCAGUUGAUGCGAACUGUGGCGAGCGAGAUUAAGGAGUUCAGGUUGCGAUAUCUCUGCGCAACCACCGGUGCUUUGGGUGUGCUGCGAGCUUGUCCACCGGAGCUCUUGAAGAUGCUCAACCAACGUGCACGUUUCGAGGUGGAUACCAUCAAUGUGCAGGAGCUUCUGGAUAACAUCCAGGCCUUUCCGCAGUUGGAGUACUCCUGGCAGCCGUAUGAGGACCUUUGCCUCGAGGAGUUCAUGGCGCGUGUCGCAAAGUUCCGCACGGCCGAAGAUGUAGAUCAACUGGUGGAUCCAUUUGAAGGAUUGCUCUUCUUGCACUCCAGAAAUAAGCUUGAUGCUGGCUACCUUCGAGCGCUCUGCCAGUGGUUGUUGAAGGGUGUGCACCGACCCAACGUACGCUCGGAGCGGCGGCCGACAUCUAAACAACUGGUGAUGCUCUAUGAUUUCUGCUUCGAGCAUGGCAUUGAGGAGGAGCCUGCGUUACAAGAUACUUUGGCAUACUUUAUUGAAUCUGGAGGCGGUAUUUGGCCCGAGCGCUAUGCUGAGCCGUUGAGAUAUAAGAAAAAACGCAAAUACAUCCGUACCGAUGAUCCCCUGAAGGAUGUGGAGUUGCCACCGCUGGACGAGGAUGGAGUGGUCGUGGCGGAGGAGGUCAAGACUUCGAGAGCUGAAUCGAUCUACGGCGAGGAGAGCCCCAGAGUCGUGGCUUCGCACGGCAAGAAGCCUUCGGGCCCAUCGCCACUGUUGGAAGAUCCUGAGGACACUUUGGUCUACCGAAUCAAAGCUCGUUCUCGGAAGGGGAUCAGACCUCGGAAUCGGGAUCCGCUUCGAAAGCGAGACUUCAACAAGCAAACCGUCCCUGGCCCGAUGUGGUACUACGGUAGCUGGGCCAUGCGACCCAAAUAUCAACCUGGUCGAAGCCUUGGUCCACGCUAUCCUUGGCCACGUGUACCCGUCGGGCCCCGGGGUGCUUCCUGGGUCCUACGAAGGUGAGAUGGUGAAUAGGGCGCCCAGAAUGAUUCGCAUGAUGCCACAUUGCUUCUUGGGGUGGAGCUGACGAGAGGGGUCCAAGAAG